UUGCUCGGCCACGCUCCUUAUAGCAUCAUUCUCUCUCUCACACACAUCCACACAGAGAGACCCACUUCUAUCGUCUCCUUUGAUCUGCUACCACACUCCAUUUUUCUGAACUCGAAAGAUGAGAUUUGGAAAAAUCUGCGGAUUUAUCGACCCACUCAUUCGCCGAAGCGUUGUGAAUCGUACAGCCUCCGAUUUUAAGGCUCCUUCACUCUUGCCAGCACUUCUUUCAAAGCAUGGUCAAGAUGGUAGCGUGUCUACUGGCACGAAAUCCUUAAAAGUAUUUUCACUUCUUGGUGCUGGAGCAUUGGGCCUCCUGGGUUGUGCAACAGUAGCUUCUUCCGAUGAGGCUGAGCAUGGGUUAGAGAGUCCCAACUAUCCAUGGCCUCACGAGGGCAUUCUCAGUUCAUACGACCAUGCUUCGAUUCGUCGUGGUCAUCAGGUUUACCAGCAAGUUUGUGCAUCGUGCCACUCAAUGUCUCUAAUUUCUUAUCGUGACCUAGUUGGUGUGGCUUACACUGAGGAAGAAACUAAAGCUAUGGCGGCAGAGAUUGAAGUGGUUGAUGGUCCAAAUGACGAGGGUGAGAUGUUCACUCGCCCUGGGAAACUGAGUGAUCGUUUUCCUCAGCCUUAUGCUAAUGAACAAGCUGCAAGGUUUGCCAAUGGAGGUGCCUAUCCCCCUGAUCUAAGUCUUAUAACCAAGGCCCGCCAUAAUGGACAGAAUUAUGUUUUUGCUCUUCUAACUGGGUACCGCGAUCCUCCUGCUGGUGUGAUGAUUAGAGAAGGGCUACACUAUAAUCCUUAUUUCCCUGGUGGAGCUAUUGCUAUGCCUAAAAUGCUUAAUGACGGUGCUGUUGAAUAUGAAGAUGGUACCCCUGCGACAGAGGCACAGAUGGGAAAAGAUGUCGUGUCAUUUUUGUCAUGGGCUGCUGAACCAGAAAUGGAAGAACGGAAGCUGGUAAGAUCUAUCUCCCUCUCUCUAUCUAUCUACUUGGCAAUGAGAACUAAUUUCAUCCCCAAUACCACGCUUUGCUUACCUGCUGCAAUUGUGGGGGCUAUCGUACUUCCCAUGAUUCUACUGUGUGACAUCCCACUGAUUGAUUUUUAUCUUGGCGUUAAAAACCUUUCUUCACGCGAACCCUCCGAUGUCUCUCGUCAUAUCCAAACCAACCCUUCCACCACCCAACCUCACCGUUGCCGGCCUCUCCGACGCCCGUUAUCAAACCUAGAAUUGGAGACCCACCGACACCAGCCUCACGCCACAAAAAUCCAGCCUCGCAUGCCUAGAAGAGUCCGAACAAGCCAUAAGAUCUACCUUGGUUCGACCAGAUCCAGGUCUCACGCGCCUAACCGACCGCUUCUGCAGGUCGUUCUGCCUUCAGCCGAUCAGGCGUGUGGGCCACCGACCGAUCAGGCGGCUCGUGGCCCACAUUUCCAAGUUCCUCCCGCUACUACGAAGCCAUUCCGACCAUUAGUUCUGUCAUCUUUCGGCCCGUUAUCAUAA